AUGAGGCUGACAUUUGGGAUAUUCCCCAAGGAUGGCCUCAGUAUGUCCCUCUCCGGAGUCACCAUGGCUCUCUGUACCCUCACCCUGCUUCUAGUGGCUCUCAGGGGCCGCAAGCGAGAGGGUGCGGGACACCCCAAAGGCACCCUGCCACCGGGGCCGACCCCCUGGCCCCUGGUGGGUAACCUGUUCCAGAUGGGCGACCAGAUCCACCUGUCCCUGACGCAACUCCGGCUGCAGUACGGAGACGUCUUCCAGAUGCGUAUGGGCUCCCUUGUUGUGGUGGUGCUUAGCGGCUAUGCCACCAUUAGGCAGGCGCUGGUUCGGCAGGGCGAGGCUUUCGCUGGACGCCCUGACCUCUUCACCUUCUCUGCCGUGGCCAAUGGCACCAGCAUGACCUUCAGUGAGAAGUAUGGCCCCGCCUGGGUGCUCCACAAGAAGCUCUGCAAGAACGCCCUACGCUCCUUCUCGCAGGCAGAGUCGCGGGGUCCCGACACCACCUGUCUGCUAGAGGAGCACGUGUGCGCUGAGGCAGCUGGGAUGGUGGAGGCCAUUUGGGAGCUAUCAGAGGCGAGCGAGGGGCUAGGUCUGGACCCUGUGGUCCCGCUGGUUACGUCGGUGGCCAAUGUGGUGUGUGCUCUGUGUUUCGGGAAGAGGUAUGACUACAAUGACAAAGAGUUCCUCACUAUUGUGCACAUCAACAACGAGGUGUUGCGGAUCUUCGCUGCAGGCAACAUGGCCGACUUCUUCCCUGUGUUCCGCUACCUGCCGAGCCCGUCCCUGCGUAAGAUGGUCCAGCACAUCAGCAGAAUGAACAGCUUCAUGGAACACAACAUCGAGGAGCACCUGGAGACCUUUGACAAGGACUGUAUACGUGACAUCACAGAUGCUCUGAUUGCCCUCUGUGAGGAUCGUCAAGAGGAUGAAGACACCGCAGUGCUGUCCAACUCCCAGAUCAUACACACUGUCAUCGACAUCUUUGGAGCAGGAUUUGAUACCAUCAUAGCUGGUUUACAGUGGAGCCUCUUAUACCUCAUCAAGUUUCCUGACAUCCAGGUCAAAAUACACCAGGAGAUUGACGACCACAUUGGCCCAGCCAGACUACCUCGGUUUGAAGACAAGCCCAAGAUGCCUUUUACUGAGUCCUUCUUAUAUGAGGUGUUCCGUCACACAUCCUAUGUCCCUUUCACCAUACCACACUGCACCACACAAAACAUCACACUCAAUGGAUACUUCAUUCCAAAGGACACCUGUGUCUUCAUCAAUCAGUAUCAGGUUAAUCACGACAUAGAUCUGUGGGGUGACCCAGACGUGUUCUGCCCUGAGCGCUUCCUGGGUAAAGAGGGACUGCUCAACAAAGACCUGACAGAGAAGGUCAUGAUCUUCGGGAUGGGGAAAAGGCGUUGCCUGGGUGAUGGGUUCGCCCGGUUGGAGAUGUUUGUAUUCCUGACCACACUGCUCCAUCGGCUGUGUAUCGAGAAUGUUCCGGGACAGGAGCUGGACCUCAGUACCGACUUUGGGCUCACCAUGAAGCCCCGCCCCUACAGGAUCAGUGUCUCGUCACGCCUCUAGAUCUGUCCUGUCCGUUAAGCCAUACGGCACCAACUACAAUAAGGCUACAACUGGCUUGACUGGGCAAGACCUUGCCCACAUCAUCAUAACGCACAGAAACCAUGGAUACUCAGACACCAAAACAUAUUUACUAUACAGACUGAACACAACAUCUUUACCUGGCAGUGGUGUCAUUACCACGGUAAACACAAACACAGUUCCUAGCUGUGAAGAGUCAAGACAGAGUUAAGCCGGUACAAAGUGUGCAAUAGUAUUAAGUAGCCAUAACCACGGAUUUGUUCACAUCCAUUUCCUCAUUGGUCAUCAAAUGGAUUGAUAUUUCACUAGAAGUUGUUAAGAUUUUAGUUGAAGUAUGUUAUAUCCUAUUGUAGAUAUUUAAGAUAAACCUAUUCUAUAUGUAACUUUAGCAUUUUUAUGAUAUCUCAGUAUGCAUGUAAUGUUAUAUAUCUAUGCCUAUUGGAAAACAGUAUUGGUACAGGGCCAUUCCCAGUAUUAUUUGAACUAUUAGGGACAGUGAUUGGUCCUUCCACCUUCAUCAAGUGAAACAUUAUUACAAAUGCCUUUUAUUAAUAUCCUUAUCUGUAGUUAUUAAUUCAACUAAACGCUUAGGGAGGGAGAGAGGAAGUGUUGUUUUAUAUAAGUGAUCAGAGCCUUGGGCACUAUACAGCGUUCACUCAGGGUUCAUUACUACUCAACGUACACCCCACCAUUCAUCUGUAACUCCGGGCUUUUAAGAGAAGAUCUCUUUCUCACUUUCUCUCUCCUUUCCCAUUCCUACUGUAAGUAGUUGCCGGUGAUACUCUGAGAU